CCUUCUUCCUCUUUCCACCGGUGCUGAAUAGCGUCGUGUGGAUUGACUGUUGCGGAUUCGGUGCGUCGCGGGAUGUAACGGCUGCCCCUUGAAAUAGUGUUUCAACUUAAAUACCGGGGGUCGUGAAAGGAAACGUAGUCAAAAGAGGCGGAAGGGAAUACGGUAGUCUGGCUUGGAGGGGGAUCUCUGGCAAGCCAACUGACACCGCACGCAGAAAUGGCGGAGCACCACGCAGUCAGCGACAGCAAGCACAAAGCGUCCGCUAAUGCCGGCAGCUCGGUGCACGGAAACAGCCGACCCGCCGCUGCCGGUGCAGCGGGCGGGAAAGGAGGCCUGUCCGGGGGGCUGACACAGCCGGCGGGGUGGCAGUCGCUGCUGUCGUUCAGCAUUCUCUUCCUGGCCUGCCUGGCUGGAUUCAGCGCCAGACUUUUCGCCGUCAUUCGCUUCGAAAGCAUCAUCCACGAGUUCGACCCGUGGUUCAACUACAGAUCAACACAUCAUCUCACAACCAAUGGUUUCUAUGAGUUUCUCAACUGGUUUGAUGAAAGAGCAUGGUACCCCUUGGGAAGGAUUGUUGGUGGCACAGUGUACCCAGGAUUAAUGGUGACUGCUGGGCUCAUCCACUAUGUGCUCAACUUGCUUAAUAUCACGGUCCACAUUCGAGACGUGUGCGUCUUCCUGGCACCUGUAUUCAGCGGCCUCACUGCCAUCUCCACGUUCCUGCUGACACGGGAGCUGUGGAACCAGGGUGCAGGGCUGCUGGCAGCCUGCUUCAUUGCCAUUGUUCCUGGCUACAUCUCUCGCUCUGUCGCUGGCUCAUUUGACAAUGAAGGCAUUGCCAUCUUUGCCCUUCAGUUCACCUACUACCUCUGGGUGAAAUCUGUGAAGACAGGCUCAGUUUUUUGGACUAUUGGCUGUUGUCUGUGCUAUUUUUACAUGGUAUCGGCAUGGGGAGGGUACGUGUUUAUCAUCAACCUGAUUCCCCUCCAUGUGUUUGUGCUCCUGCUAAUGCAGCGCUACAGCAGAAGAGUCUACAUUGCAUACAGUACAUUCUACAUUGUUGGACUUGUACUAUCAAUGCAGAUCCCUUUUGUUGGCUUCCAGCCCAUCAGGACUAGCGAGCACAUGGCUGCUGCUGGUGUGUUUGCACUACUCCAAGCGUAUGCCUUUCUGCAGUACCUGAGAGAUAGAUUGACCAAACAGGAAUUCCAGACACUCUUCUUCCUUGGUGUCUCUCUUGCCGCUGGCGUGGUCUUCCUCACUGUGAUAUAUCUCACAUACACAGGAUACAUUGCUCCAUGGAGCGGCCGUUUCUACUCUCUCUGGGAUACCGGCUAUGCCAAGAUCCACAUCCCCAUCAUAGCAUCUGUGUCAGAGCACCAGCCCACAACGUGGGUCUCCUUCUUCUUUGACCUUCACAUCCUAGUCUGCACAUUCCCAGCAGGCCUCUGGUUCUGCAUCAAAAACAUCAAUGAUGAACGAGUGUUUGUGGCCCUGUACGCCAUCAGUGCCGUGUAUUUUGCUGGUGUGAUGGUGCGUCUCAUGCUGACACUGACUCCGGUAGUAUGCAUGCUGUCAGCCGUGGCUUUCUCCAGUGUCUUUGAGCAUUACAUGGGAGAUGACACAAAAAGGGAGAAACCCCCGGCUGAAGACAGCAGCGACGAGGACGACAAAAGGAAUUCCGGAAAUCUCUAUGAUAAGGCCGGCAAGGUGCGCAAACAUGUGUCUGAACAGGAGAAAGCGGAGGAAGGUUUGGGUCCAAACAUAAAGUCCAUAGUCACCAUGCUCAUGUUAAUGCUCCUGAUGAUGUUUGCUGUCCACUGCACUUGGGUCACCAGCAACGCCUACUCCAGCCCAAGUGUGGUGCUCGCGUCAUACAACCAUGAUGGGACACGUAACAUCCUGGAUGACUUCAGGGAGGCCUACUACUGGCUGAGGCAGAAUACAGACGAGCAUGCACGUGUCAUGUCGUGGUGGGACUAUGGUUAUCAAAUUGCAGGGAUGGCCAACAGGACCACACUUGUUGAUAAUAAUACGUGGAAUAACAGUCAUAUAGCGCUGGUGGGGAAAGCCAUGUCUUCCAAUGAAAGUGCAGCCUACAAAAUCAUGAGGUCCCUAGAUGUGGACUAUGUGCUGAUUAUUUUCGGCGGCGUCAUAGGCUACUCUGGGGAUGACAUCAACAAGUUCCUGUGGAUGGUGAGGAUAGCUGAAGGGGAGCAUCCAAAGGACAUCAGGGAGAGUGACUACUUCACUCCUCAGGGAGAGUUCAGAGUGGACAAGGACGGUUCGCCGACUUUGCUCAACUGCCUCAUGUACAAGAUGUCCUAUUACCGAUUUGGUGAAAUGCAGUUGGACUUCCGAACGCCCCCCGGUUUCGACCGUACACGCAAUGCAGAGAUUGGCAACAAGGAUAUUAAAUUCAAGCACCUGGAGGAGGCCUUCACCUCGGAGCACUGGCUGGUUAGAAUCUACAAGGUGAAGAAUCUGGGCAACAGAGAGCCACUGGAUCACAAGCUUCGCAGCAUUGUGCCCAAACAGAAAUACACCUCCAAGAAGACCGCCAAGAGGAAGCGAGGCUACGUCAAGAACAAACUGGUCCUGAAAAAAGGCAAGAAACUCCCCAAAAAAUAACGAUGACGAACUCUCUUAGGAAAAACAAAUGAAAAGCGAAGAAACCUCUUGACAAACAAUGAAGAACACCGGGGGAGAUCAUGUGGCCCUUGAGCGCAAGCGUUUUUCUCAUUCGAGCGCCCCCGAGUGGCGAGGAAGGUGAAGUGUCAAAUUCUGGCUCGCUCCAGAAUCGUUGUCCAUUUUUAUCUUGGGGGACAUUUUGUCUUGCUUAUUUUCUCCAAUGUUUUUUUUUUGUUUUUCUUCCCUUUUUUUUUGACUUUGUACUUGAAUGUGUGGCAAGGCAUCGGGCUGCUCUGUAGGUUUUUGUCGAUUAAACAUUUUUUUUGUGUUA